CUUCGUAGAGGCUAGUAAUGGCUUAAAUUUUUGCAAGAGGCCAUGGAACAAACUAUCCAGUUACAAUUCCUGGAUUUAGAUGAUAUUGAUCUGAAUGAAAUAGAUCAUGUGAAAUCUCUGUUGUAUUCUGUGAGAUCUCCCAGGUUAACACUCCCUUGGGUUGAACCUGAGGAAGUUCAACAGUGGAAUCAACAGCAGUAUGAUGGCGAACCAGAAAUUAGUGGGAUUGAAGCAAGUGGAGUUGCUGCAGGAAGUGAGGUGUAUCAGGUUCCUGUUGCUGUUGCUACCACAAUGCAGCAGAUGUAUCACCAAGUUGUGCCUACUAUACCAAACCUACCUCCAGCAGCUUAUGUUGGGAACAUGCCUCCAAAUAUGGGUUACCCAAUGCAGCCUCAAUACAUAUUUCCUGAAGAGCGCACUCGUCGUUCAAGGUCUAACAAACCCAGUCCCAAGAGGUCUGAGCGGAGAGAUGCUCCAUCCUAUCCUCCCGCAGCAGUUCCCUAUUCCCCAGCCUACCCAAUCCAUGUCACUAUGCCUCCGACACCUUAUUCAUACAUCCCUCAGGCCCCACAUAUACCUUCAGCACAGCAUGCCACAGGCCCUCCGCUUCACUACUUACCAGCUCCCCCAGCCACCAUCCCUGUUUACCCUGCUCAUCCUAUUUAUCCUAGUUAUACCCCGCUUUUUUCUCCACACGUUCAUCAUGAUGAUUAUAAUAAAGAACCACCUCAAGAAGAAAAAAAUGAUUGUGAUGAGGAAGAAAAACCUGUUGAAAAACCACUUUCUGUUCCAAUAAAUGCUAUUAAAACUACCGCCCCUCCUACUACAUCUGUUAAAAAGCAGCAAACACGGCCUCCUUCAAAUCCUGCAGCAACAGCUCCUGUUGUACCCGUUACGUCAACUUCAUCUCCUGCACCACCUACACCUACACCACCGCCACCCGCAGCUACAGUGGAUGAGAAAGUACCCGAGCCUGGCAAGUCAUGGGCUGGUCUGUUUAAGGAAGAUCCUCCUAGAGAAGCGACUGUACAGCGGAAACCUCCUAUAUCUGCUGUAGCAGUGUCCGUUCCUCCCCGGUUUGAUCCAAACCUGAAGCCUUCACAGCCAGUACCUCCUGUCGUGCGCCAGCAUCAGAAUUCAGAAGAGGACCCUCUUCUGAGGAGCCUUGGAGAACGCCUCUCAUCAUACCAACUUGAACAUAAGGCCAUAGUCCUGACACCUCGAGGUCUCACAAAUCCUUCUAACUAUUGCUACAUCAACGCUACCCUUCAAGCGCUUCUUGCCUGCCCAGCGUUUUACAAUCUCAUCAAGGUGAUAUCGCAGGUGAAAGAUGCUGCAGGUGGGCCACCUCCUGGUGCUUUGCCGCCAAAAUCCAAGACACCCAUCAUCGAUAGCAUGGUCCAGUUUAUUAAGGAGUUCUCUCCUGCUCCUGUAAAUCGGAGUGGUCGUCGGGAAAAGGCCAUUUGGAAAGAUAAGGAAGACUUGGACAUACCUGUUGGGCCAGCAUUUGAACCUACUUAUGUCUAUAAGAUGCUACAUGCAUUGAGGAAUGAAACAGCAUUCCAGGUUGAAGGCAGGCAAGAGGAUGCAGAAGAAUUUUUAUCCCUUCUCCUCAAUGGUUUGAAUGAUGAAAUGCUUGAGUUGGUGAAGCUUGUUGAGGAACCAAAGGAGGUCCCUGUUGUCAAUGGAGAUGUUACCGCCAAUGGAGAAUCCCAUGAUGACAACUCCGAUUGGAAGGAAGUUUCUAAGGGUGUCAAGAGUGGCAGGAUCACCCGUAGAGCAGAAAUGGGGAAGACACCCCUAACUGAAAUAUUCCGUGGUCAGAUACGUUCCAGACUACAAAGAGCUGACGAAACAACCGACUAUGUCCAGCCAUUUUUCACCCUUCAGCUUGACAUUGAGUCUUCCGACUCAGUGCCCCAGGCUCUAGAGAAAUAUUUCGGAUGGGAUCAGGUUGAGGGUGCAGGUAGUAGCGGAGGUUCCGGUGGCGAUGCUUGGCAGCAGCACUACCUUGAGGAACUCCCUAAUGUCCUCAUACUCCACCUCAAAUGUUUCCUCUACAAGCAGCAGUCUUGCCAUAAGAUAGUUAAAGCUCUGGAGUUUCCUGUCGAUCUGAAAAUUGAUCCAAAGCUUGUUUCUAAUAAAAAUAAAGGUAGUGGUAAAAUGAGGCAAUACAAGCUUUUUGCAGUGGUUUACCACGAUGGUAAAGAAGCUUCAAAAGGUCAUUAUUUGGCUGAUGCUUUUCAUGUCGGCUCUAGUGGCUGGAUCCGCUAUGACGAUGCUGUUGUAAAAGCAGUGACUGAAGGCACCAUGCUGAAACCUAGGCCACCUCGUGUCCCCUAUCUCCUUUAUUAUAGGAGGGCAGAUACCAUUGGCCAACAUACUCAGUUACCGAGGUAAAGGAGGAACACCUUUGGCCUUAAUGGUAAUAUAUGUCAUGAACAUAAUUGCUUCUUGGGAAUUAUUUAUGUUACGUUUUACAUAUGCAUGUAUAAACAGCUGUUUUGUGGAAAUACAUGUUUAUGUAUGUAUAAAUACAU